AUGUCUAGAGGCCCUGCAUCCCAGGCCCCCCCCUUCUCGGUCCGGCUCCUCGAGCAGACGACGACUCUUCAUGGCCCUGACAAGCUCCUGCCAUUCUUUCCCGCAUCAUACCGUGAUGGCCAGGGUGAUUUGAUCGCUGCAGCUCAUAAUAUCACUGCCUGCGUAGAGAAGGAAUUGGAUCUGGCUCGGCUUACUACCAUUCACCAUUGGCUCUGGAUCGCUGGAUUGCCUUUGCCACCACGGGCCCUACAUCACCAGCUCCUACUGGGUCGGGAAAUCUUCAUCACAGAGCAGAUGGAUAUGCAUCUCGUUUGGACGUCAGGCCGGAUGUUCCUCAAACCAAUUCCGCUCUUCCUCUUGGAACCAAAUUUCUGGACCGAAUAUCUCAGCUGCCAACCUGAAUGCGGCUGCUCAGCCAACACUUUAACAGAGUGCAAGCGUCGAGGGCUCUACCGACGAGCGCUGGGCUUUCUUUUCUCCUACACCGCCCUGCUCUCCCACGAAAGUGAUUUUCGCAUUGCUCAAGACCGACAUCUACUCCGGCCAGAGAUAACCUGGUCCGCAUGGCGCAUAUUCGUGGAGCAGCUGGACACAAAAUACAUCUACCCCCGCAUCGACCGCCGCUUCCUUCACGGCGAGCUGCGCCUGAGUCGCUUAAAUAAAAUCUACGCGCUCUACCAAACACCCCUUCGCGGGUAUAUGGCACGGUGGGAUCGGUAUAGCGCCUUUUUCCAUGAUUACUUUUCAUGGCUCGCUAGCGUCACCGUCUACAUUGCUAUUGUCUUGACGGCGAUGCAGGUGGGCCUUGCGACCGACGCCUUGGCGCACAGUCCCGCGUUUCAGUCUGUGUCAUACGGCUUUACAGUGUUCUCAAUCCUGGGGCCCCUCGUCGCUUCCGCGCUUAUUUUUCUGCAAUUCUGCGGUGCCUUUAUUUAUAAUUGGGCGGAAGCUGAUCAUUGGAGAAGGACUCGCUGCGCUGAGCUGCACGUCUCUUGA